AUGAAUUUCUGCAUCAUCGUGAUGAGAUUGCUGCUGUCUGGGCCUUUUCUGUUUGCCCCAGCCUGGAGCUACAACCUGGAUGUUCGACAUGUGCAAAACUUCUCCUUCCCACUCGCCGGGAGGCAUUUUGGGUACCGCGUUCUGCAAGUUGGAAGCAGGGUUGUCGUGGGAGCUCCAAGUGAAGGGAACAGCAGGGGAAACCUGUAUCAAUGCCAGCCAGAAACUGGAGAAUGUCUGCAAGUCACACUGAGUUCCAACUAUACCUCCAAGUACUUGGGAAUGACCUUGGCGACAGACCCCACAAGUGGCAACGUUUUGGCCUGUGAUCCUGGACUGUCUCGAACAUGUGACCAGAACAUCUAUCUAAGUGGUCUGUGUUACCUCAUCCACCAGAACCUGAGGGGUCCGGUGCUGCAAGGGCACCCUGGUUAUCAGGAAUGUAUAAAGGGCAACGUAGACUUGGUAUUUCUGUUUGAUGGCUCAAGGAGCUUGCAGCAAGAUGAAUUUGAGAAAAUUGUGGACUUCAUGAAGGAUGUGAUGAAGAAACUGAGCAACUCUUCCUACCAGUUUGCAGCCGUUCAGUUUUCUACAGAUUUCAAAACAGAAUUUACUUUCUUGGAUUACAUUAGACAGAAGGACCCUGACUCUCUGUUGGCUGGAGUCAAACACAUGCGUCUGUUGACCAACACCUUUGGCGCCAUCAACUAUGUCGCGAAAGAAGUGUUCCGGCAAGAGCUGGGGGCCCGGCCAGAUGCCACCAAAGUGCUUAUCAUCAUCACUGACGGGGAAGCCACCGACGAACACAACAUUGAUGCGGCCAAAGACAUCAUCCGCUACAUCAUUGGGAUUGGAAAGAAUUUUCAGACCAAGGAAAGUCAGGAGGCGCUCCAUCAGUUUGCCUCCAAACCUGCGGAGGAGUUUGUAAAGAUCCUGGACACAUUCGAGAAGCUGAAAGAUCUAUUCACUGAACUGCAAAAAAAGAUCUAUGUCAUUGAGGGCACAAGCAAACAGGACCUGACGUCCUUCAACAUGGAGCUGUCCUCCAGCGGGAUCAGCGUGGACCUCAGCGAGGGCCAUGGCGUUGUGGGGGCCGUUGGAGCAAAGGACUGGGCUGGGGGCUUUCUCGACCUGAAGGCAGACCUGGAGAGCAGUACAUUUGUUGGUAAUGAACCACUGACAGUAGAAUCGAGGGCAGGAUAUUUGGGUUACACGGUGACCUGGCUGCCCUCCCGAGGGACCAUGUCAUUGCUGGCCGCUGGAGCCCCCAGAUACCAGCAUGUGGGGCGGGUGCUGCUGUUCCAACAGCCAAAGGGAGGAGGACCCUGGAGCCAGAUCCAGGAAAUAAACGGGAGCCAGGUUGGCUCUUAUUUUGGUGGCGAGCUGUGUAGCGUUGACAUGGACAGAGAUGGGGAGACAGAGCUGUUGCUGAUUGCAGCCCCCCUGUACUAUGGGGAGCAGAGAGGAGGCCGGGUGUUUAUCUACCAGAAAAAACAGCUGAAGUUCCAAAUGGUCUCAGAGCUGCAGGGGGAGACUGGCUACCCCCUCGGGCGAUUUGGAGCCGCCAUCGCUGCCCUGACGGACAUCAACGGGGAUGAGCUGACGGACGUGGCUGUGGGAGCCCCUCUGGAGGAGCAGGGGGCCGUGUACAUCUUCAAUGGGCAGCAAGGGGGGCUGAGCCCCCGGCCCAGUCAGCGGAUAGAAGGGACCCAGAUGUCCUCAGGAAUUCAAUGGUUUGGACGCUCCAUCCACGGGGUGAAGGACCUCAGCGGGGAUGGCCUGGCAGAUGUGGCUGUGGGGGCUGAGGGCCAGGUGAUCGUGCUCAGCUCCCGGCCUGUGGUGGACAUCAUCACAAGCAUGUCCUUCUCCCCAGCUGAGAUCCCAGUGCAUGAAGUUGAGUGCUCCUAUUCCACCAGCAACCAAAAGAAGGAAGGCGUUAACAUCACAGUCUGUUUCCAGGUCAAGUCUCUCAUCUCCACCUUCCAAGGGCAUCUGGUUGCCAACCUUACUUACACUCUGCAGCUGGACGGCCAUCGGACCCGAAGCCGGGGGUUGUUCCCAGGAGGGAAACACGAACUCACUAGGAACACAGCUGUCACCUCCGUCAAGUCCUGCUUUAUGUUCUGGUUCCACUUUCCGUUAUGCAUUCAAGAUCUCAUCUCUCCCAUCAACGUCUCCCUAAGUUACUCUCUCUGGGAGGAAGAAGGGACACCGAGGGACCCAAGGGAGCAGGGCAGGGACAUCCCUCCCAUCCUGAAACCCUCACCACACUCGGAGACCAAGGAGAUUCCUUUUGAGAAGAACUGCGGAGAGGACAAGACUUGUGAGGCAGACCUGAAGCUGACCUUCUCCGACAUGGGAUCCAAAAUCCUGCGUCUAACCCCCUCCGCCAGUCUAUCUGUGGGGUUGACACUGAGGAACACAGCAGAAGAUGCUUACUGGGUCCAGGUCACCCUGACCUUCCCCCAGGGACUCUCAUUCCGCAAAGUGGAGAUGCUGAAGCCCCACAGCCAUGUACCUGUGGGCUGCGAGGAGCUUCCUGAGGAGAUCAUGCUGCAGAGCAGGGCCCUCUCCUGCAACGUGAGCUCGCCCAUCUUUGGAGCAGACAGUGUGGUUGAUAUCCAGGUGAUGUUUCAUACGCUGCAGAAAGACUCUUGGGGGGAUUUUAUCGAGCUGGAUGCCAGUGUGAGCUGCAACAAUGAGGACUUAAGACUUCUGCAGGACAACUCGGUCACUGCCAGCAUCCCCGUCAUGUACCCCAUCAACAUCCUCACCAAGGACCAGGAAAACUCCACGCUGUAUAUCAGUUUUACCCCCGAGAGUCCCAAGACCCAGUAUGUCAAGCACAUCUACCAGGUGAGGAUCCAGCCUACUAACUACGACAACGUGCCCCCACUGGAGGCCUUGGUUAGGGUGCCACGGCUGCACAGUGAGGGGCUUAUCACCCACGAAUGGAGCAUACAGAUGGAGCCUCCAGUCAACUGCAGCCCCCAAAAUCUGGAGAGUCCAUCGGAUGUGGCUGAGCCUUGCUCGUUUGGAGCCGAGUUCCGCUGCCCAGUCGACUUCAGACAGGAGAUCCUUGUCCAAAUGAUCGGGAAGGUGGAGCUGAGGGGGACGAUCAAGGCCUCCUCCACGUUGAGCCUCUGCAGCUCCCUCUCCAUUUCCUUCAACAGCAGCAAGCACUUUCACCUCUAUGGCAGCAACGCCUCCAUGGCCCAGGUCGUCAUGAAGGUGGACCUUGUAUAUGAGAAAGAGAUGCUCUAUCUCUAUGUGCUGAGUGGAAUUGGGGGGCUGUUGUUGCUGCUCCUGAUUUUCAUAGCUCUGUACAAGGUUGGUUUCUUCAAACGGAACCUGAAGGAGAAGAUGGAGGCGAAUGUAGAUGCUUCCAGUGAAAUCCCUGGAGAAGAUGCUGGGCAGCUGGAGAUGGAGAAAGAGUUGAAGGACCCAAGCUGUCUGGAGCCUCUCCAGAAGAAUGAUGCGUGUCCAGAAGAUGAGGAUGGAAGUGGUGGAGAUUGA